ACGUCAUGACGUCACACUGCGGCGUCCUAAACCAGAAUCAACACAAGUCCGUCUGUCCAACUAGAGAGCAGAGAGCUCAGCUAGUACCCAGAGAAAUUGGACAAACUCGGUCUUCGAGUUGUGAGUGUUGUAUUAGUUCAGUGUUUUAUAUUGACAGAGUUUAUUUACGCAGGAAAGUGGAAAGAAAAACUCUCGGAGGCUCCGGUAAUAAAGGGUUGAAGAUUUGACUGCUUUCCUCGGACACAGCCAACAUGGAGAACCUGCACCCCCACUGCCUGAAAUGCAUCAACAGACGAUGCAUGGCAAGACCAGAGCCGGGUCUGUCCUGUGAUCUUAUUGGCUGUCCUCUAGUCUGUGGGGCAGUUUUUCAUUCGUGCAAGCUGGAAGAACACCGUCUGCUGUGUCCAUAUGAGCGACUGCCAUGCCUGAACAGUGGGUUUGGCUGUCCCUUCACCAUCCCAAGAAUCAAGAUGGCCAAACAUCUGGAGACGUGCCCUGCAAGUAUAGUAUGUUGUACGAUGGAGUGGAACCGCUGGCCCGUGAGCUACGCUGAUCGCAAGUCCUACGAAAACCUGAGCAAAGACUUUGAUGAGGUUGAGCAGCUAGAUAUGGCUUUGGCUUUGCAGGAUCAGAGGAUGCUGUUAGAGUCCCUGAAAGUUGCAACCACUGUGUCAACAAAUGGAGACAAAGAAGUCGAUAAAAGUGACAAAAUGGCCAUGGCGUCUGGUUUGUCAGAAAAUGAGUUGGGCAGUGAAGCGGUAGAAAUGGAGGAGAAACUGUACAGCGGCUUGUGUUCAGAAGAAACCAGCAGAAGUUUAGCUGCUGCCUUAGAUGUUUUAACUAACUCUAACAACAUUAAUGUACUUGUUGAAAAUCUAAAUGGUGAAAAGACUAAGAAUGGGGUGGCCCAUAAUGUAGAGAAUGGGGGAAAUGUGUAUGUCGCUGAGAUUGGGAAGAAUGUAGAAAUGCAAGACUGUGACUCUGAUUCAGAGUGUGAGCUGGGAGCAGUAGGUGGAGUAGACUGUUCCGUGGAAACAGACAGAGAAGAACAUUCUGCUAACUGGGCAGAAGAGAGUGAGUUUGUGGAGCUGCUUUUUGAAGAAAAAUACUUGAUCAACGAACCAAUAAAUAAUCCUCAUCUUGUCUGGCCAGAGAUGCCCCAGAACUACAUGCCAGAUGUAGCACCAGAGCCUCCUGUGGCUCAACAAGCCCCACCUCCACCCCCAAUGCCAUUCCUGUUGUCUGAUCAUGUAAGGAAUAACUUCUUGCAACAUCUACCCACUGAACUCAGAUACAGGUGUUUGGAGCGUAAACUCCAGAAUGUAGAAGUGCUUAGAGGAAUAAGUAUGUUUACAUUUAAUGGACGACGGGCUCUGCUGUCAGACCCUUACUUGUUUCGAGCAAAAAUGGAGGACAAAGCAGUGGACACGUCUGACUUAGAGGUUGCGGAUGACCCCAUGGGUCUCCAUGGCAUCGACCUCAUCACUGCAGCUUUGCUGUUUUGCCUCGGAGAUUCUCCAGGAGGCAGGGGGAUCUCAGACAGCCGCUUUGUGGAUGGCUAUCAUAUUGACUUUGGUACUCAGACGUUCUCCUUUCCUUCAGCCAUUCUGGCAACCAAUACCAUGGUGGGUGAUAUCGCCUCAGCUUCAGCCUGUGAUCAUGCCAGUCCACAGCUUUCUAACCCCAGCCCUUUCCACACACUCAGGCUGGAUCUGGUGCUUGAAUGUGUGGCUCGGUAUCAAACCAAGCAGCGUUCUAUGUUCACGUUUGUGUGUGGGCAGCUGUUCCGACGUGAUGAGUUCUCGUCUCAUUUUAAGAACGUUCAUGGGGAUAUCCAUGCUGGACUUAAUGGCUGGAUGGAGCAGCGUUGUCCCCUGGCCUACUAUGGCUGCACCUACUCUCAGAGGCGGUUCUGUCCAUCUGUGCAGGGCUUUCGAAUCAUCCAUGACAGACAUCUUGGUUCCUUUGGGGUCCAGCCUGGUUUACCCUUGAAAACUGGAGACAGCAUCUCAAGAAAGACUCUCUACAGUGGCUGUCAGGGGGACCAGUUCAGCUGUCUUCCCUUUGAAGUGUUGCAGCACAUAGCGAGCUUUCUGGACAGCUUCAGCCUGUGCCAACUGUCCAGAGCGUCACGCACCAUGAGGGAUGUGUGCGCCAGCCUACUACAGAUGCGCGGCAUGGUCGUCCUGCUGUGGGAGAAGAAACGGCAUGAGGAUGGCUCUCCUUCAUGGCAAAUAACACACAAGGUGUGGAGGUUCAGUACUGCCUUUGGCACAGUGUCUGAGUGGAAAUUUGCAAACAUCGCCAGCAUGGCUGACCACCUGAAGAAAUGCAAGUUCAACAACAUCGCCCGUCGAGAGGAGGCCAUUCCUCUGCCCUGCAUGUGCUUCACCAGAGAGCUCACUAAAGAGGGAAAGUGUUUACGAUCGGUCCUCAAACCAGUAGCAUAAAGCUUUUGGAACAUUUCUGUGACCAGAAGAACUCAAUGGCACGUUUUCCUCCAGUGUUUACAGACAUUAUUCUGGUCAAAAACAAAACACCUGCUGGAGUUUCAGAGACAGUCAGUAGUAUUUGGUUCUUGGUUCCCUGUAUGAGAUGGAACCAGUUUGUAUUUCAGCUGAGUCAUGUUGAAAAGUCAAGUACCUCUAUUCUCAAUCUGUACUCUGAUCUGAAUAAUCCAGCAGUUUUAUUUUAUUUUAAUCAUUAGUUGGUAUCAGGGUUGGGCAGUGAACAAAUUCACCACCUAUCUAAGUUUGUUAGAGGAAGUUUUAUAAAGACAGAAGUUUUUUACUUUAUUUUUUAAUCCAUCCAUUAUCUUCCGCUUUGUCCAAAGUCAGGUCACGGGGGCAGCAGCUUGAGCAGGGAAGCCCAGACCUCUCUUUGCUCAUCUACCUCUUCCAGCUCUUCUGGGAGGACU